CAAUUCUAAUUCUAGCAAAGGAGAAAGAAAAUACUAACUUAGACGAACCCCAACAAAAAAAACUGUGCCCUCCUUCACCAGCAGGCAUUGGCGGCAAGCGAAACCUGCUAUUUCAAAGCCGACCCAAUUCAGGAGAAUAACCAGACGAACCCUAGCAAAAAAAAAUUACUUCUAUGGAGAAAUUUUCGUCGACGUUGAGGAUAGGCGAUUUAAAUGAUUUCAUUGCUCCCUCUCAAGCUUGUAUUGUCGGCCAGCUUAAACUUAACUCCACCGUAACUAACAAUUCUACUGAGAAAAGAGCAAAGGUGGUGCCUCCUGUUUCCAAUGAGCCUGUUAAGAUUUCACUCAAGGACUGCCUUGCGUGCAGUGGAUGUAUAACAUCAGCAGAGACGGUAAUGCUUGAGAAGCAAAGUUUAGAUGAGUUCCUAUCCAGUAUCGAUAAAGGAAAGACUGUAGUAGUUUCUAUUUCACCACAGUCUAGAGCUUCUUUGGCAGCUCAUUUUGGCCUCUCUCCACUUCAGGCUUUCAAGAAGCUAACAACAUUUUUCAAGUCUCUUGGAGUGAAGGCUGUUUUUGACACUAGUUGCAGUAGAGAUUUAGCUCUUAUAGAAGCAUGUAAUGAGUUCGUAGUACGAUAUAAACAAAGCCAAGCCAGCAAUGAAAAAUCAUCUAAAACAUCACUGCCGAUGAUUUCGUCCGCUUGUCCAGGGUGGAUCUGUUAUGCGGAGAAAACACUUGGAUCAUAUAUUUUACCUUAUAUCUCUUCUGUGAAGAGCCCUCAGCAAGUAAUUGGGUCUGUCUUCAAGCGCUACCUCUGCCAGAAAAGGUCUAUAAGGCCAGAUGAAUUAUACCAUGUUACUGUGAUGCCCUGUUAUGACAAGAAGCUUGAGGCUGCCAGAGACGACUUUGUGUUUGAAUUGGAACAUCCAACUGAAAAUGAUAUGCAUGUUGAUCCAAGAGUUGCAGAGGUGGACUCUGUAUUGACUUCUGGAGAGGUUUUAGAACUCAUACAGUUAAAGUCGGUGGAUUUUAGUUCUUUGAGUGAAUCUCCUGUUGAUAAAAUGUUGGCAAAUGUUACUGAUGAUGAACAUCUUUAUGGAGUCAAUGGAAGUUCAGGAGGCUAUGCCGAAACUAUAUUCAGGCAUGCAGCAAAAGCCCUCUUUGGGAGGGACAUUGAAGGACCCCUGUUAUUCAGAAUGAUAAGAAAUUCAGACUUUCGUGAAAUUUCUCUUGAAGUUGAGGGAAAAACUGUCUUGAGAUUUGCUUUAUGCUAUGGCUUCCGCAAUCUGCAGAAUGUUGUAAGGAAAAUCAAAAUUGGUAAAUGUGAUUAUCAAUUUCUCGAAAUCAUGGCUUGCCCUUCAGGUUGCCUGAAUGGUGGUGGUCAAAUUAAGCCAAAGCAAGGGCAAUCUGCUAAGGAUUUGAUUCAGCUUUUGGAAACUGUCUACAUGGAAAAUGUUCUGAUUGCUGAUCCUUUUCAAAACCCCAUCGCGAAAGGUUUAUAUGAUGAAUGGCUCGAGCAUCCUGGUUCAGAGAAAGCUAAGCAAUACCUGCACACAGAAUACCAUCCUGUAGUGAAAAGCAUAACAUCACAGUUGCAUAAUUGGUGAUCUUGUUUCCCUUGAUUUUGUUUUCUUCCCUACCGCAGAAGUCUGUAGGUCCGCUGUGCCUAUAAUGCCCUAGAAUUUGUUCUUCAGAGUUCAGACCCAUAGUUGGAGGCUCCAUCUAUACUUCAGUUAUACUUGCAAAAUAAAUCUCUUUUCGAGUACUCGGUUUGACUUGGAGCCAUCUCCAGCUAUACUUCGAUCAUGAUCGUACUGACAUAGGCUACAAAUUUCGAAUUUUUGCACAAGAUUCUCCAGGUGUACAUAAUACUAGAUGUAGUCUGGUUCUUUUAAGUUUUACAGGAGGAAACACAGAAAGAGAAGUCCAAACAAUCCUUGACAUCAUUUAUUUUUUCUUUUUUCUUUUUUAAAUAAUGUUUAUUCACACCCUUAAUAUACUGUUUGCUAGUUUGUACAAUUGACAGAUAUGUAUUGUAUAAAAUGUACUCUAUAUGUGCUCUGAACGGUCUUCUCAAUGAAAAAUGAAACCCUUCGUGUACUUUAUUUAUUUGAUACAAUGGAAUCGAAGACCAAUACAAAAUUAAACAAAACCUUAUUUUGAGGCUAAACUAUCACAUGCCUUGUCAAAAUCAUCAUGUAUAUUCUACUUAUAAAGGAUAUAUUCAGUGUGAGGAAAAAAGAACGAUAUGGA